UUUUUUUUUUUUUUUUUUUUUUUUUUUUCCCGUUUCCUCCGGGAAAAUAAACGGCGGCUUCACCAAAAGUCUCCGAUUUCGAAACCAGUAAGCAACUUACUACAUUGCUCUCAAAUCUCAAGUUUCUUCCGCGGGUUUUGCUUUCUUUCUCCAGUUUUCCUUUUAAGGUCACUUUGGAACAUGGAGGAAGAUCUCGAGGAGCUUCAGUUUCCUAUGGGAACUCUAAAAUCAAUAGGUUUUAGCAUUUCAAACAACAAAGAUCGAGAGAAGAUGUCUGUCAUGGAAGUUGAAGCAGCGAAUCAAGUGACCGAUUCACGGUUAGGUCUCCCGAAUCCGGAGUCUACUUGCAGAUCAUGUGGCAGCAAAGAUAGAAAAACUUGUGAAGGACAUUUCGGGCUUAUUAAGUUCCGGUACCCGAUAAUCAACCCGUAUUUCCUAAAUGAUAUAACUAAUUUGUUGAACAAGAUCUGCCCUGGAUGUAAAUACAUGCGGAAAAAACAGUCUCAGGGUACUGAAGACAGGCCUGAGGGAUGUAGAUAUUGCAUUUCAAAUACUGCUUACCCUCUGAUGAAGUUUAGGGUGAGUAAUAAAGAAGUCUUUAGGCGAUCUGCAAUCGUUUGUGAAGUAAGCGAAGAGAAUCUGUUGAAACUCAAGAAACGUGGACUAUCAGCAUUACCUUCUGAUUACUGGAGUUUCUUGCCUGAAGACCCGAACAUCGACCAAAGCUCUUUGAAACCAGCCAGGCGGAUUCUUACGCAUCCACAGGUUAAUUCUUUGUUGUGUGGGAUUGAUGAGAGGCUCGUCAAGAAAGACAUCCCCAUGAUCGACUCUCUUCCUUUGCUAUCUUUUCCAGUUACACCAAACGGUUAUCGUGUAACCGAAAUGGUUAAUCAGUUCACCGGUCCUAAGCUAAUCUUUGAUGAACGGACUCGGAUCUACAGGAAGUUAGUUGGCUUCGAAGGAAAUGGUCUUGAACUGAGUUCUCGUGUGAUCGAGUGCAUGCAAUAUUCAAGACUGUUUUCGGAAACUCUGUCUUCGAGUCAAGAAUCUGCGAAUCCGUACCAGAAGAAGUCGGAUACUCCGAAACUAUGCGGUCUAAGGUUCAUGAAAGACGUCCUGCUCGGUAAAAGAAACGACCACACGUUCCGAACAGUUGUCGUCGGCGACCCGUCUCUGAAGCUUCACGAGAUUGGUAUACCGAAGAGGAUCGCAGAGAGGCUUCAAGUGUCGGAGAAUCUCAACAACUGGAACAGAGAGCGUCUCGUCACGUCAUGUUUCCACAAGCUGCUCGAGAAAGGAGAGGUUCACGUCAGGAGAGGAGAUAGCUUAGUGGCGAUCCGAGUAAUCGACGACCUACGAAACGGAGACAACAUUUUCAGGACUCUGAAAGACGGAGACACGGUGUUGAUGAACAGACCGCCUUCGAUCCAUCAGCAUUCGCUUAUCGCAAUGUCGGUUAAAGUCCUCCCGACCACCUCUGUCGUCUCCUUGAACCCGAUCUGUUGCUUGCCGUUUCGCGGUGAUUUCGAUGGAGAUUGUCUUCACGGUUACGUUCCUCAGUCGAUUCAAGCGAGAGCUGAGCUUGACGAGCUUGUGGCUUUGGAUAAGCAGCUUGUUAACAGACAGAACGGACGAAACUUGCUCUCUUUAGGACAAGACAGCUUGACGGGGGCUUAUCUUGUUAAUGUGGAGAAAAACCAUUGCUUGAACCGAGCUCAGAUGCAGCAGCUUCAGAUGUACUGUCCUUCGUCUCAGCUUCCUCCUCCUGCGAUUAUCCGAGCUUCUUCUUCGAGCAGCAAGAGCGAGGCUCAAUGGACAGGAAUGCAGCUCUUCGGGAUGCUGUUCCCUCCCGGGUUCGAUUACAGCUACCCUCAGAACGACGUUGUUGUAAGCAACGGAGAGCUUCUGUCUUCCUCUGAAGGCUCUGCUUGGCUCCGGGACGUUGAAGGGAACUUCAUUCAGGGUUUGCUGAAACACGACAAAGGGAAAGUUCUUGAUAUCAUCCACUCUGCUCAAGAAAUGCUCUCUCAGUGGUUGCUCAUGCGAGGACUGAGUGUCUCCUUGGAGGAUCUGUACUUCUCAUCUGAUCCUCAGUCUCGUCAGAACUUGACAGAGGAAGUGAGUUACGGACUGCAAGAAGCUGAACAAGUCUGCAACAAGCAGCAGCUUAUGGUUGCAUCCCGUAGAGACUUCCUUGCGGUUAACGGAGAAGAAGACGAGAAGGAGGAUUUGGCCGCGGAUUUGUCCAGGUUCUGCUUCGAGAGACAGAGUUCAGCGGCGCUGAGUAAACUUGCGGUCAGUGCCUUCAAGGAUGCGUAUAGAGACGUUCAAGCACUGGCUUACAGGUACGGAGAUCAGUCAAACUCGUUCUUGAUCAUGUCGAAGGCCGGAAGCAAAGGAAAUAUAGGGAAGCUGGUUCAGCACAGCAUGUGCAUUGGUCUGCAGAAUUCGUCUGUUGCGUUGUCCUUCGGGUUCCCUCGAAAGCUGACUUGUGAUUCUUGGAACGACCCGAGAAGCCCGCUUCGUGGCGCAAUGGGAGAUGACAAAACCGUAACCGAGUCCUUUGUUCCAUAUGGAGUCAUCGAGAGCUCGUUUCUCACAGGCUUGAAUCCUCUUGAAGCUUUUGUUCAUUCAGUGACAAGCCGUGAUAGCUCCUUUAGCGGUAAUGCUGAUCUUCCGGGGACACUUAGCAGGAGACUGAUGUUCUUUAUGAGAGACAUAUACGCUGCUUAUGACGGGACAGUGAGAAACUCUUUCGGGAACCAUUUGGUACAGUUUUCUUAUGAGACUAAUGAUGAUGAUAAUCAUCAUCCCGGAGAAGAUAUAACAGGCGAAGCAGUUGGGUCACUCUCUGCUUGUGCUCUCACUGAAGCUGCUUAUAGCGCGCUGGACCAACCCGUUAGCCUUCUUGAAACUUCGCCGCUUCUUAAUCUUAAGAAUGUGUUGGAGUGUGGAUCGAAGAAAGGUCAACGAGAACUGACAAUGUCUUUGUAUUUGUCUGAAAACCUUUCUAAGAAGAAGUACGGAUUCGAAUAUGGGUCACUGGAGAUCAAGAACCACUUGGAGAAACUUAGUUUCUCAGAGAUUGUUUCUACAUCAAUGAUAAUAUUUUCUCCGAGCACUAACACAAGGAUACCUCUAAGCCCGUGGGUAUGCCAUUUUCAUAUCUCCAAGAAACUAGUGAAGCAGAAGCAACUGGACGCCGAAUCUGUUGUCGAUUCAUUAAACAAACAGUAUAUGAGCAGGAAGAAAGAACUCAAGCUUGAUCUUCUUGAUUUACAAAUAGAAACCACAAACCACUGCUCUUCGGAUGAUAAAGCAAUGGAAGAUGAUAGAUUCUGCAUCACAGUCACUGUUGUGGAAGCGUUUCCUUUGGAGCUCGAAGCUAUUCAACUCGUCUUGAUCCCUUUCCUUCUCGACUCUACUGUCAAAGGCUACCAAGAGAUUAAAAAGGUGGAUAUCUUAUGGGUUGAUAGACCAAAAGCGCCGAAAAAGACCGGGAAUGAUUUGGCCGGUGAGCUUUUCUUGAAGGUGACAAUGUUCGGAGAUCGAGGCAAGAAGAACCGUUGGAGUUCUCUUCUUGAGACCUGUCUUCCCGUUAUGGAUAUGAUCGAUUGGACCCGAAGCCAUCCUGAUAACAUCCGUCAAUGCUGCUCGGUUUAUGGAAUAGACGCCGGUCGAAGCAUUUUCCUAGCGAAUCUUGAGUCUGCUGUGUCUGAUACCGGUAAGACGAUACUAAGGGAACAUCUGCUUCUUGUAGCUGAUUGUCUCUCUGUUACCGGAGAGUUUGUGGCACUAAACGCUAAAGGUUGGGGUAAGCAAAGACAGGUCGAGUCCACUCCUGCUCCCUUCACUCAAGCAUGCUUCUCGAGCCCAAGUCAAUGCUUUAUCAAAGCUGCUAAGGAAGGUGUAAGAGACGAGCUUCAAGGAUCCAUAGACGCGUUAGCUUGGGGAAAAGUUCCUUCUUUUGGGACCGGAGAUCAGUUCGAAAUCAUCAUUUCUCCAAAGAAACAUGGGUUUAGUACACCCGUGGAUGUGUAUGACCUUUUGAGUAGUACAGCGACGCUUUCAGAGACAGGAGAGACGACGUUGCGUGCAACGAACUCUUUGCCCAAAUCAGACAAGUUCACGGUCCAGCCAUUACGCUUGCUCGAUACCGCUCUCUCCAAAACAAUCAAGAUACUCGACGGGAAAGGACUCACCAGGUCGCAUCUAAGAAAGGUCUUAACAUGGGACAACAUCGUGGAGCUGUCUCGGUCACUGAAAAUCAUACUCUACAAAUACGAGAUCGAUGCUCAGUUGAAUGAGAAGGAUGGUAAUCUCGUGAUGAUGGCUCUACUCUUCCACCCAAACGGAGCUGAGAAAAUAGGACCAGGCUUCAAAGGAAUUAAGGUGGCUAAUUCUAAGCACGAUGUUAGCCGUUGCUUUGAGGUUGUAAGAACAGAUGGAACAACAGAAGAUUUCUCUUACCACAAGUGUGUAUUGGGAGCAACAGAGAUCAUUGCCCCUGGGAAAGUGAACUUCUACAAGUCCAAGUAUCUCCAACGCCGUACGGUCCAACCCGGUACGGACCAAGAAAACCCGAAAGCUGUUAAAUAAAAAGAAGCAAAAAACUGUUUUUUUUUGUCGAUAUAAUAAUAUCGAACAAUGUAAGAAGGUGUUUGUUUGUGUUUUGUUAAAAAAAGGAAAGUGAUAGAUAGAAAGGUAGAUAUAGAGGAAAAGCUUUUUUAGCUUUGCUCUAAGCUUCUUUUUGCUUCUUUUACUAUGUGAUACCUUUGCCUUAAACCCUCAAAAGGCUUAAAGGUUAAUUACGUAGUGGAAGCAGCAACGAGAAGCUGGCAAAGAGGGCUUCUGUUCUGUUUCUUGUUUCUUGCUCUGGUUCUUGUGUCUCUGUUUGUCUGUAAAACUAUGGAGUUUCCGGUUUAACUAUGAAUGUUCCGGUUCUGUUUUUAUUCUUUCUUUAACCGGGUUUUCGUGCAAUUGUUAUAUGAUUCCUCAUAAUAUCUUUCGUUCUCCUCAGAAGAGAUGAGAUUUUCUUUGUUUAUCAAAACUUAUUAUUUCUCAGGGCAUGCUCUGCUUUUUUCCUGGUUAAGAUCGGUU